GUGCGCGCUGUCAGUACUGAGCACAUCAUGGCAGACUCAGAAGCCUUGGGCUUUGAACACAUGGGCCUGGAUCCCCGGCUCCUGCAGGCCGUCGCCGACCUGGGCUGGUCGCGACCUACGCUGAUUCAGGAAAAGGCCAUACCUCUGGCCCUGGAAGGGAAGGACCUCUUGGCCCGGGCCCGCACCGGCUCUGGGAAGACGGCCGCUUAUGCUAUUCCGAUGCUGCAGCUGUUGCUUCACAAGAAGGCGACAGGUCCUGUGGUGGAACAGGCUGUGAGAGGCCUCGUCCUUGUUCCUACCAAGGAGCUGGCCCGGCAGGCCCAGUCCAUGAUUCACCGGCUGGCUGCCUACUGUGCUCGAGAUGUGCGGGUGGCCAAUGUCUCAGCCGCUGAAGAUUCAGCUUCCCAGAGAGCUGUGCUGAUGGAGAAGCCAGAUGUGGUGGUGGGGACCCCCUCCCGCAUAUUAAGCCACGUGCAGCAGGACAGCUUGAAACUGCAGGACUCCCUGGAGCUGCUGGUGGUGGAUGAGGCGGACCUUCUUCUUUCCUUUGGCUUUGAAGAAGAACUCAAGAGUCUUCUCUGUCACUUGCCCCGGAUUUACCAGGCUUUUCUCAUGUCAGCUACUUUUAAUGAGGACGUACAAACACUGAAGGAGCUGGUACUACAUAACCCGGUCACCCUCAAGUUACAGGAGUCCCAGCUGCCAGGGCCAGAGCAGUUGCAGCAGUUCCAGGUGGUCUGUGAGACAGAAGAAGACAAGUUCCUGCUGCUCUAUGCUCUCCUGAAGCUGUCGCUGAUCCGCGGCAAGUCCCUGCUCUUUGUCAACACUCUGGAGCGAAGCUACCGGCUCCGCCUUUUCCUGGAGCAGUUCAGCAUCCCCAGCUGCGUGCUCAAUGGAGAGCUCCCGCUGCGCUCCAGGUGCCACAUCAUCUCACAGUUCAACCAAGGCUUCUAUGACUGUGUCAUAGCAACGGAUGCGGAAGUCCUGGGGGCCCUAGCCAAAGGCAAGCGGCGGGGCCGAGGGUCCAAAGGAGAUAAGGCCUCUGAUCCAGAGGCAGGUGUGGCCCGGGGCAUAGACUUCCACCAUGUGUCUGCUGUGCUCAACUUUGAUCUUCCUCCUACCCCUGAUGCCUACAUCCAUCGGGCUGGCAGGACAGCACGAGCCAACAACUCAGGCAUAGUGUUGACGUUUGUGCUACCCACAGAGCAGUCCCACUUGUGCAAGAUCGAGGAGCUUCUCAGAGGAGAGGGUGAGGCCCCCAUCCUACUUCCCUACCAGUUCCGGAUGGAGGAGAUCGAAGGCUUCCGGUAUCGCUGUAGGGAUGCCAUGCGCUCAGUAACUAAGCAGGCCAUUCGGGAGGCGAGGCUGAAGGAGAUCAAGGAGGAGCUUCUGCACUCAGAGAAGCUCAAGACAUACUUUGAGGACAACCCCAGGGACCUGCAGCUGCUACGUCAUGACCUGCCCUUGCACCCUGCGGUGGUGAAACCUCACCUGGGCAAUGUCCCUGACUACCUGGUCCCUGCUGCUCUUCGAGGUCUUGUGCGUCCUCACAAGAGGCGGAAGAAGCUGUCUUCCUGUAGGAAGGCCAAGAAGGUGAAGACCCAGAACCCACUGCGCAGCUUCAAGCACAGAGGAAAGAAACCCAGACCUGCAGCAACGCCCUCCUGAGGCCACCUGGGCCUGAGCACAGCACACACUGGGCUUCCUGGCUUAGAGGGAGCUGGCUUCCCACCCUGCACGUGGCACACACAGCCACUCGCUGUCUGGACAGGCUGAACUUGGGGUGUAGUACUGGGCCCUCCAGGUCCUCAGCACUGCCAGGCUGCUGUUUUGUCCUUUAACACAAUAAACUUCCAGCUGCCCCAGUGCAUGCCUCUGGCAUGUGAGAGGGACAAUUUCCCAAAACCUCCAGAAGGUGGCAGUGCCGGGCCCUGCUGCUGUAUAUAGUGCUUCUGGGGCCAGUAGAGGUCAGCAGUGCAAAACUGACCCCAGGAUGGCUGUGAGAAAGAAGCCUUCUCUAGUCCAGCUGAUCCAGAGCCCUCUGCCCAGCUCCUGCAGCCCUACUGUCUGGAUCAUGCUGACAUAUGACCCCCCAGAGACGGAUCUUCCUGACCAUGAGCCUCUCUUCCUGAUACUGACAACUGAAAGGUUGUCUCCCCUUCCCCUCUAGACGACAGCUCAUCUCAGUUUCAAAUGCAUGGGUGCUGGGUCUUCCCACAGCCUGGCCUGAACACCAAGGCUGGGCCUCAACUUCUGUAUGUCUGCUGGCUAUGGGGCUCAGUGGGAUUCUCUGCUCAUUUGGCACCCUGCACUGCUCCUUUUAUUACAGUGUCACCCUUGGCCACCUGCUUGUUAUUUUCUUAUUAGGCAAGACUGGGGACAUGUUACAGUGGGUGCUGGGAAAAGGCAGGGAAGCAUCAAAUCUGAGGUCAGGAGGCUUCGGUUAGGGUAUGGUAGGACUGGGGUAGCAGUACCUGAUGUUUGGGGUCUCUGUGAUCUUUGCUGUUCUUGUUAACUCCUGAGGAUUUGCAGGAAGGGUGUGUGGCAUGGGGCCAGGACUGAGUGGGCAGCUUUCAGUAUUACAGCCUGGAGACAGGGUGCAUUCAGAAGAAAAAGUUGUCAGGAGAGGAGCAAGCCACAAGCAUCUGUUCAGAGAGGUGUCAGUUCCACAUGGUUCCCAUGACCAAACAAUGAGACAGGCUGAUUGCUUUUAGUGCCUUGACCAGACCUCCCACCAUCUUGUCCCUGGGGCUCUAAGUUGGAUGUUUUGGCCAUGUCUGCUCCAACAUAAUAUGCCACCUGUUCUCGUGGCUU